CCAGGCAGCAAUCAAACGGGCAACUGUGACUCCGACACGAAACACAAUGGAUGUUCGCCAGGCAGAUACAUAGAUUAUCGCCAAUCCUUUAUCAACCAGGCUUCCUAUCUUGAUAUAUACAUUUCGGAAGGUUGAAAAAAUAGAGCUUCAUCUUGAAGAUUUAUCCAGAUUGGCUCUCCGCAGGAUGUCCGGAGACGCCUCGAUCUUAUCUGCCACACUUCUACUUAUUAUCUGCUUCAACGAAUGUGAGGUUCAGGUCAUCAAGAGUGAUUUGAUUUGUCCCUACUCCUCACAGAUAAUCGUGCAAUACCAGGGUCAUUCUACGUGGUGUCAAGCUGCCAGGAUACCAAACUUCCUUCUGGAUCGAUUCCAGAUGACGACCUGUCAGCUCAUUAAUCAUUCGCCGCGGCAUGGAAUCACGUACUGUAGAUUUUGCCUUUGGCGCACGGGAUCCAAUAUCCUCUUCAGGCAACGAUUUGCCCGUCCAAUUAAGAAAUACCUUUGCACAUGUUGCAGGAGACAGACGUACAUGGUGCAUACGUAUCGGCAUCUAUAAAUACCAGGGACUUGGGCCCCAUACGGCGUGUCGGCCAAAUUGUAUUGAGAGCUGAGGUCAGGCGAGAGCUUCAAGUAUACACUCGCAAUGU